GCACGAAUACACGGCACCAAUAAAAAUAAAAAACACCUCCAGGGAAAACACGCCUUCAUAUGGUUUGUUUUGUUUUGAAACAGCGCACAUUUUGUUGUCAGUUGCAGAAAACCCUUCUCUAUUCGGACGAAACCUGUGGUUAAGAUGAAGUCCUUGAAUUUGUUAUUUUUGCUUCUGCAUGGUGUUAAAGCAGCCACGGUGAACGCGACGGAGGGAGAUUCAGUCACUCUACACACAAAUCUUAAAACAAACCAACGAGACAGAAUCAGAUGGUAUUUUAAUGACACGCGCAUCGCUCAGAUCAGUGGAGAUCUCAGUUUUAUCUGCACGGAUGUUCAGUGUAAUGAAGGCACUGAGAGAUUCAGAGACAGACUGGAGCUGGAUCCUCAGACCGGAUCUCUGACCAUCACGAACACCAGAGCCGCAGACUCUGGACUUUAUCUUCAAGAGGCCGUAAUCGGGGGCAAAGUCAGCGAAGAGAUCUUCAGUGCCACCAUCACUGGUCAUCCUGCCGUAAAGCAAAUGAUGAGAAAGAUGAAGAAGGAGGGAGCAACCGACACUUUAGACAAUGGAGAGGUGAGAACCAGUGGAUCUGACGGCGGAGAUGAAGUCGGUGUUCAAUCGGCUGUGAAAACAUCAGCACUGGAUCAAAAUUCUGGAAACUUAGGAGUAACUGUUGGUGUAACCCUGUUGCUGUUCGUGGCUGUUGCUACUGUUGCUGCGAUUCUCUGUAAAAAGCAUGAACUACAAAGACAAAGUGGCAAAUGUACACGUGCUGAUGCAAAAUUCAGUGACGGACUGAUGCAGGAUGAGAAAAAUAUAUCGGAAGAAAUUUCAGGACAGGUUGGAAAGACACAGUUUGGAUUGCAAGACGAAUGCUCCACACAAACAGGGGUUACCCUGCAUGACGUCUCUGUUAAGUAAGGCCUUAUAGCUCCUAUGUAUUAUAGCUCUUGCAGAUUUGUUUUUUUAUUGUUAUUUUUGUGUGUCAAAUUUUGUACAAAGUUUGUGUGAUAGUAUGGGAUUUACUAAUACAGUUGCACUAUAUUUCAUACUUUUUAUUCAUAGAUUGAACAGAAUUUAGUUAAUGGGUAUUUAACAGUACACAUAAAAACUUAUUUACCGUGUCAUACUUCUAUGUCUUCCUGUCAGUGGAUGGCAGGAAUCUGUCUUUGUAUAAGCAUUUGAGAUAUCUUGGUGAUAUCUUGGAUAUAGUUAUAAAAUACAUCUCAAUUCUGUUCUCUUUAAAUAAAAGCCAACUUUCAAAAGAAGUGUUUAUAUGCCAGCAACUUUAAAACUGAAAAGGAAAAGGUUCAUCAACGCAGGUUGUUACCAUCUACAACAACUGUAAACUGGGCUAUUUAAUGUAUUCAGUAUAUUAUAAACUGAAAGUAAUCCUAAACUUUUUUUCAAUGAGAUUUUUCUACCCCGAAAUAAACACCAACUCCGAAUGUUAAUGCAUUCAGUUCAAACAUUACUGCUCAGAUAUUCAAAUAUUAUUUAAAAUAUCACUGUUAUUGUUCUUCCAGUUGCACACGAGACAAUUAACGCUUUCUGUAAAGGACAUCGAUAAGCACUCCAUUUUUUGAAUCAGUUUUUUUGUGACUAAUAACCGCUUUCUGAAUUCAAAAACAAAACUAAAAUUAACCCAUAACCGCAUAGGAAAGUUUUUUUAAUGCCGCUUGUUCAGCAGGUUUUUUGUUUUCGUUUUUGCAACCAAUUAAAAUGUCUGAAAUGUAUCAAACAUUCCACUAAGGUGUAAGAGUCACAAGUCACCGUUUGAAGGUGGAGUAUAUAGUGCGAGAAGAACGUAAAUCAGAAGUGCUCCGGUACACAAGGUGGCGCUGCUCCACUUUUUAUGCUUGUCACAUAGAAGACGACACUUGUCAAAACCAUUCAGACGCGUCUUCGAUUCCAAGCCCUGCAAUAGGGCGCAAACUCAAAUGCAAUAUGUUAAUGUGUUUCAAGUGUUUCCCCCCGUUUUUCUUUUCAGAUUCGUGAUUUUGUAUUGCUCUCUGAAGAUUGGCUUUAUGCGAAUGGAGAGUUUUCUCUGAUUUUGUACCGCUGUUGCGUGUGUAUUUUGGAGGGUGAGGGGUGGUAAAAAAUGUUUUAUGAAUAAAAUGUUCCCAAAAACGUU